ACGCGUUUUCUAACGACGUUAAAAUGAUAUAACUUCGAAUUUUUUUCGUUUGGUAAACGCGUUUAGAAACGACAUGUUAAAGCGCGUUUUUAUAUAAAAGAAAACUCACUACUCAUUGAUAGAUUGCGCCACUUUUUAGCGCAGGAUGACUCACUCGCUGAUUUACAGCGACAUCUUUAGUUUCAUUUUUGGUUUAUUUCUUUUCCGGAUAAUAUGUUUUUAAUUAAAAUAAAUGAUAUGUUGUGUUCUAUGUAAUAAUCACUCAUUAUUAUAACAAAAUAAUUUCAGCCAGUUGUAUUGAGACGCUGGGAUGUAGACGCAAGAUCGAGACGCAAAUUGCUCCUAACAAUUUUCUCAAGUGUUUUAUCCUCACCCUUUAUCUAUACUAUAAGAUUCCUGAUUGAUCUAUGAUGCCACGUCUAUACUAUAAAUAUUAGACUUGCUAUGUCCAAGAUUCUUUAUUAUAAAUUCAUCUCAUAAAUGCAAACAUUUUUAAUGUCUCUUAGCAUUUAAUAAUUUGACAAACCUGAAACGAGUAAUUGCUGACGUCAUCAUAUAUUGGGCGUAAGAUCAUAUUUGUUUUCUAAUAAAGUAAAAUUUGACUAGUGUAUUUGUCAAGUGUCAAGACAAAUGAUUGUAUUGUUUUGUUGUUCCGUCCUUUAGGAUUGUUCUGAGGAUGAGGGUUAUGUAACUCAGCAAAUGAGUAACGAAGAACCAACUAAAGCAGAUAUUGACACUAUUUUCAAACGAUUGAAAACUUUACCAGCAAAUAAGGCAUGUUUUGAUUGUGAAGCUAAAAAUCCAACAUGGGCUAGUAUUACAUAUGGAGUAUUUUUAUGUAUUGACUGUUCUGCGCGUCAUCGUGGACUGGGUGUACAUUUAUCGUUUAUUCGGUCAACAAAUUUAGAUACAAAUUGGACUUGGUUCCAGCUGCGUGCAAUGCAAGUUGGUGGUAAUGCAAAUGCGGAUCUAUUUUUUCAACAACAUGCCUGUCAGAGUAAAGACAUUCAACAAAAAUAUAAUAGUCGUGCAGCACAACUCUAUCGAGAAAAAUUGCACCAGCUGGCGACCAAAGCAAUGAAAUUACAUGGAACAAAAUUAAUUAUCGAUGAUGCUCCGAAAACUGAUCAUACAGCCGAUAAAAAAGAAGGUGACUUCUUUCACGAACACUCUGUACUAACAACAGCUCGCAGUAACACUGAAAAUAAUGCUGAAAAUUAUCUGGUGUCAUCGGAAUCAAAUGAUCAAAAUUUAGAUAAAUUUAAUCAAGCUGGUGAAGGUCCAUCGAUUGAUCCAAAUGUAUUCAACACAGAUGGUUCUCAAAAAACUUUAGAUCCUAAAAGGUCAACAAUUGGACAACGACGACCAGCACCAUCUAAAAAGAAAGGUUUUGGUGCACAAAAAGUAGUGACAGAUUUUAAAGAAAUUGAACGUAAUGUACAAGAACAAGAAAAAAUGAAAGAAAUUCAAGUACAUCAAGAAAUAAAAACUCGUGAAGAGACCGAAAAACAAUUAGAAAAACAAAUGGCUAAUUUGAAAUUUGCCUAUCAAGAUAUAAAUAAACAACGAGAUGUCGAAGAAGCUAAAUUAAAACAGUCAAAUCCGAAAAAAGCUGAACAACUUGAACGAUUAGGCAUGGGAUUUGCUGGCCGAGGUCAUAGUGCAAUGACUGAUAUGCAAACGAUACAACAAGAAGGUGUAACAACAACACGAAAUAUUUCAUUAGCACCGCGUAACCGUGAUUUCUUUAACGAUAAUGAUAUAUCAUCGUUUUCCAGUAGAUCCAAUUCCGACUUGCCAUUCUCAAAAGAUCAUGAUCUUGACUAUGAUAAUAAAAAGUAG